GCAGAAGAAUGUAUCCUGCGGCUGAGUAAUACUAAAAGCCAAGGUCAAGAAGUUGGUUGGCACCCUGUUCUGUUGCGGGACUUUUGCUGCAUAAUAUCGAUAGUUUCAGGUGAUGAACUUUCUGCGCUUAAUACGCGUCCUGAAGGCGGAGCGAGUCAUCGAAGCCCCGCCUGCAGUCUAAUGGCAGAAGAAGGGUGUCUUUCAAAGACUUUCAGCGAUCUGUGGGUCUGUAAACGGAGAAGAUCUAAAAAAGAGAAGCGCGAGAAGCUCUUUGCUGUACCGGGUCCGAUGAAACACGGCGGUAGGUCGGGGCGCAUGUCCCCUGCCCUACACCCCGCUUGGAGGAGGGAGGCAUUUUAACCCGGACUCUCUUUGAUAACGACAGGUGGAAAAUAAGCCCGAGCUGUCCGCUGGUUGUACAGAUUGGCAAAGAAACGAGGGACCAUCGCUUAUAAAAGGAAGCGCUCACUGGGUUUUGUUCGGUGUGCCUGGGGCUUGGGGGCAUCUUUGCCGUGAUCGCCAAGCCGGAGACCGAGCGACUUGUGCGCGAUGAACUUUGGAGUGUCGCCCAUGAGCCCGGGAUCCGGGAUUCGCUCUGGGAUCUGCUGCUGUUGCACUUUAUGUCGAUAGUGACACUCGGGACACAGUGUGACUCGUCUCAGCGCUUAAAAUGAACCUGACUGCAGCCGAGCCCAAAUUACUAAACGGAUAAUAAAGGACGCAAAAAAUCUUUACUGCCUGUUAUUUCAGUGGGGACUAAUUUUAUUUCGAAUUGCGGUCGAUCGCCUGCUCUGCACAAUGAAUAGCAACGGGACCCGCACCCCCCAAAACAACGUCCCCGCUGGCCGGGCAGCGGACCGGCUCCCGAGAGUGGACCCAUAUGGCUUUGAGAGGUCCGUAGACUUUGAUUAUGAUUCGUAUGAGGAGCUGAUGUCUGAGUACCUGGUUGUCCUCACUAGAAGGUCCAUUAAGUGGUCCAAACUUCUCCAGCGGGGCAACAAGCUACAGAAGAAUGUGAAAGUGAAGCGGUACGUGCGGAAGGGAAUUCCCAAUGAGCAUCGCACCCUCACCUGGAUGGCAGCCAGCGGGGCCCAGGAGCAGCUGGAGAGGAACCCGGGCUACUACCAUUCUCUGCUGACUGGGGAGCAUGACGCUCGGCUGGUGGAAGUCAUCCGCACAGACCUGCACAGGACCUUCCCUGACAACGUCCAGUUCCGGAAGACCUCUGAUCCUUGCCUCCAGAAAGCUCUCUUCAACGUGCUUCUGGCUUAUGGACACCAUGACAAAGCUGUGGGCUAUUGCCAGGGUAUGAACUUCAUUGCUGGGUAUCUUAUCAUUAUAACCAAAGAUGAGGAGAAGUCAUUUUGGCUCCUGGAUGCCUUGUUGGGCAGGAUCCUACCUGACUACUACACUCCAGCCAUGCUGGGCCUGAAGACGGACCAGGAGGUUCUGGGGGAGCUGGUUCGGGUCAAGGUUCCGGCUGUUUGGCAGGCCAUGACUGAGCACAACGUGAUGUGGACUCUGGUGGUGUCACGUUGGUUCAUUUGCCUCUUCAUUGAUGUCCUGCCAGUGGAGACGGUGCUGCGGAUAUGGGACUGCCUCUUCUAUGAGGGCUCCAAGAUCAUCUUCCGGGUGGCACUCACCCUCAUCAAGCACAACGAGGCGCUCAUCCUGCAGGCACGGAGCUUCCCCGAUAUCUGCGACCACUUCAAACAAAUCACCAAGGGGGCCUUUGUGGAGGACUGCCAUGGCUUUAUGCAGAAAAUCUUUGCUGAGCCAGGAAGUCUCUCGAUGGGCACCAUCCAGAAGCUGAGGGAGUCGUGUCGGGCUCGCAUCAUCGCAGAAGAAUCUCGCUGAUCGCCUGUCAGGAGCAGACCUGCCCACCAACCUCUGAGACACAUUCCAAAUGCUGAUUUGCACUAAAUAUGAAUAUUUUACUGGUACAUCCCCCCCUCCCCCCGACCGAAAUGCAUUCUGGGAAGGAGGAAUAGCUGAACUACCUUGGUUCACUGAAGAAUUUAGUCUUAAAUGUCAUACAUGAUUUAGAUUUAAUAGCUUCCUUAAAUACUGGACAUUUUUUUUCUGGAUGGAAUCGCUGGUAUAAAUUGCUUGUAUAAAGUGUAAAAUGUAGCAGUCUCUGCACACCUCUUUUGUACAUCUUCCUUAGUAAAGUCUCUUUCCGA